CCGAGAAUAAGUUGGAUCGGUGGACUUUAGGAACAAUUACGAGAAGGUAAGACAGUUGGUACGAUCGAACUUCCGAGGAGGCGCAAGAAGAGUGAAAUAGUGGAGGACGAAUGGAAAAUCGCGGCAAGGCACAUGAAUCUAAGCACGGUAAGCGGAAUUUCAUUUCCACGUUCGCGACAACAAUGCUACACGACUAUUACCUACGAUGCGCGCAACUUAUUACGGGUCCAUGCAAACGACUAUAGGACGUAGAUUAUCGAGAUUAAACGAGCUAUGACUGGCAUCGUUAGACGAAGAAAAGAAAAGGUAGUGGAUCGACAAAAUAAUUAAUCGCAGCGAUCGGCAUGGUGUUGGCGGUUCUAGUAGAAACGAAGCGAGCGAAGAGGAGCCGGUUGCACGUCAAGUAUGCGCGGAAUGAAAACUGUCAGUGGCCUGACACGGCGGACUGGUUGGGGGCGACAGCUUGCUAAAUGCACAACCACCCCGGCUGACUCUAGUCAACGUCUGCAUACCAUCUACCUGCCUCUGCUUCUACCGUCACCGCCUCCGCCUCCGCCUCCACCACCGCCGCCACCGCCGCCGCUACUGCUGCUGCCAUCGCUCGAAAAAUACGUGAUAUUGACGUACCGCGACCGAUACAUAGUCCAUUAACCUCUCGCCAACGGCGGAAAGGUACAACGAACUGCCGAAAACCACUUUAACUGCUUACCGCGAGACCGCAGAAGCAAUGAUUCAACUUGUCGAUAUCGA